ACCCUUAGACAUUUAUGUGACUGAUCCUAAACUUUAAGCAGUACAGCUUUCAAUAAGUGGCCUGAGUGAUAGCAACGUGUCAAACCGCGGUUGACGUAUUUUUAUACUCCUAGGUACUAUCUAAAGUUUCAAUAUCGCGGACUCCGGUUUUGGAAAUGUAUAUUUAUUUAUCUCUAUACUUGCCACCUGCAGUCUAUUUUUCUGUUUGCUUCUGGCCACAUGUAUGCAAGGCAAUUAAAAAGUAUAAGAUAUCCGGACUGCCUUACAAACCUCAUCGAAAAAAAGCCUUGGAUUUUGCUAUACCAAAAAAUCAGAUCUAACGAUAUCGUUAUUCAAUUACCCUUACUUAUCACGUUAUACUUUGCUCUUUAUUCUAUAUCAUGGAUCUCACUGCCUCCAAUGGAACGGGUGAUACUUCGCUCAAGAAGGUCAUCACAACCCGGCAGUUUGUCCUGAUGGCUCUAAGCAGCUCUAUUGGCGCCGGCGUGUUGCUAGCUACUUAUUCCAGUUUGGCAGUGGGAGGCGCCGCGUCACUUCUUAUAUCUUUCAUUGUGGUCGGGUUUGCCGUGUGGAUCACCAUGUGCGCUCUAGGCGAGCUCUCGGCUGCAUUCCCAGUUAGUGGCUCUUUCUACGGGUAUUCGGUACGGUUUAUCUCGCCCGCCUGGGGUUUCGCCAUGGGGUGGAACUACGUUAUCAACUUCCUAUUCAUCGUCGUCUUCGAGCUGGUGGUCAUGCUGCUUUGCGCAAGAUACUGGGAUCCGGACCUGCCAGCAUACUACGUUCUUCCGGGUUUCAUAACCGCCCUCGUCCUCGUGAACGCCUUUGGAGCAAGGUGGUAUGCCGAGGCGGAGAACGUGUUUGCGGUCUGCAAGAUGAUGGUACUCACAGCUUUCGUCAUUGUCGCCGCCCUUAUUGUCAGCAAGUCCAUUCCGGCUGAUACCCGACCUGCCGACGAGCUUGGUAUUAGCCUGUGGCAACAAAAUGCAUUCAAACAUGGCCCCAUAGGGUUUCUCUAUGUCUUCAUGACUGCCGGGAUGGCAUAUGGAGGAACUGAGAUGCUUGGGCUCACGGCUGCCGAGUGUGAAAAGCCUGCCAAAGUGAUGCCUCUUGCUUGCAAGAUUGUGCCAUUACGGAUCGUCUGGCUAUAUCUGGUUCCUAUCUUCAUGAUCGGCAUGGUACUUAACGUAUCCCUUGACGACACUGUGCAAUCUGGUGCAAUUAGUCCCCUUGUUGCUGCGAUGGACCAAGCCAAUAUCCCGGUACUGGCUAAUGUGUUUAACAGCAUUAUCAUCGUGGCCAUCUUCUCAAUGGCGAGCGCCAGCGUCUUUGCCUCAUCGCGCGCUCUUCAAGCCAUGUCGUCGAGAGGAAUGGGACCACAUCUCUUCGCAAAGAUAAAAUGGGGCCAUCCCAUCUGGGCACUUUCCCUGGUAUUCACGAUCUCGCUGUUGUCGUUCGUCAAAAUAUCCAAAGCCGGCGACUUGGUGUUUAACUGGCUCUUGGCUCUGGCUUCUGGUUCAAACUAUUUCACCUGGAUAUCCAUUUGCGCAUGCCACAUUCGACUCCGGCUCGCUAUACGUAAAAAGGGACUGGAUGAGAAAGAGGUAUUAAAAUGGAAAUCCCCACCUGGAAUCGGCGGAAGCAUGUUGGCAAUCAUAAUAUUCCUCUUCGGUCUCUCAGCUCAGAUCAUCGCGGCUGCACAGAGUCCGCUCCCAAAUCCACCUCACAUCCUCGCAAGUUUUCUAGGAAUUAUUGUGGUAUUCGUAUUCUGGGCAGGAUAUAUGGUACUCGGGAAAAGUGCGCUUUUAAUUCCCCUCGAUCAAAUCGAUCUUCAUGCCAAGGUGGCGGAACGGAUUGAGAACGACGAGAGCGUUUAAGAUUGGCAGAGACGGGAUCAACUAUCGCAUACGUAUAAUGUAUUUAUAUAAAUGGAUAGGGUAAAAUGGCUAUUAAUGUUCUUCUUACCUUACAAGCGUCUGCGGAUAAAUGGCAUUAGGUGAUGAAGAGUAUACAUAGUAUGGAUGUUAGGUCCAUUAUGUAUGAGAUAGCCUAUAGGUAAUGAGGUAGGUACCGAACCUUUGUAAUUCAAAUAAAGGUUGUAUUAGGUAAUCGAGCUAAAAAGCCAUGUUG